CGGCUCCUUCGGGGAGGAGUUUCCCAGGAUGCAGCGCGGCGGUCUCCGGCCCGCGUUAAGAUGGCGACUCCCAUGCACCGCCUCAUCGCUCGGAGAAAGGCAAAUGAGGAUCCGGUGUUCCAGUCUUGAAACGAAAAUUAUUUUUCAGCCUGUUAAAUAUUAUUUCACAAAUGUCAGGGAAGCAAAUAAGCAGCAUGUGAGGUGCCAGAAGUGUUUAGAAUUUGGACACUGGACUUAUGAAUGCACAGGAAAAAGAAAAUACCUGUACAGGCCUUCAAGAACUGCAGAAUUAACAAAAGCUUUAAAAGAAAAAGAAAACAGAUUGUUAUUGCAGCAAAGCAUUGGAGAAGCUAACAUAGAAAAGAAGACAAAGAAAAAAAGGUCUAAGAGCGUCACUAGCUCCAGUAGCAGUGCCAGUUCAGCCAGCGAUUCUUCUUCAGAGAGCGAAGACUCCUCUACGUCUUCCUCUUCUGACGAUAGCGACAGUGAGGAGAGUUCUUCCAGUUCGUCCACCUCCCGCUCUUCAACGAGUUCCUCCUCUUCCUCUGACUCCGAGUCAGAUUCCAGCUCUUCCACCAGCAGCAGCUCCAGCACAGACAGCAGCUCCGAUGACGAGCCUCCAAAGAAGAAGAAGAAAAAAUAGAUGGGUUUGAAAGGCCCCUGACCACCCUGGACUGAUGUUAAGAAAUGCUAUUGUAUUUCUCGAAGUUGGGGGUUAGACUGGGCUACUGCCAAUAGAUUAACUGGCCAGAGUUUCUACAUUUAAAGGUUUCUAAAUGUCUUACACGUGGUAAGGGAAUAAAAUAUUAUGUAUGUACAAAGUAUUUUAUUGAUUUUAAGGGAGUUUUGUUUCAUUUUUAUCUUGGAAAAAUAUAUCUGCAGAGUUUAAUUGCGCAAAGCUGAGGUCCAAUAAAUCCACUGUUUACGUGCUGAAAAGUAUAACCUUUUCUCAUCGUGAAAUAAAUACCAUUUGUUAGUCCUGUAUUUAUGGAACUUCCACUUAUUUUGUAGGGUUACCCUAAAAACAAGUGGAAUGUGUAUUAUGCUGCUGAUCUCAUGUUCUUACGUCAAAUGAAUGAAAAUUAAUAUACUGAUACUUUGAGAGACAUUGCCAUACUAUUGUGAACAAACUAAUUCUGUCGAAGU